AAUCCAUGCAUCACUCAAAACAUUGUUUUUUCAAGCAAAUGUUCCGGCCAUCUCUUGCCGCGCCGUCGGAACCAUACCAACCCAUUCUCUCUACCUAUUAACCUCCGGCUGAAUCUAUCGGCAGGGCAACCUUCGGCGAUACAAGCUCCCUGGCUAGGAUGGGAUUCUUCUGAAAUCGGCCGCCGGUGAUCGAUCCAUUGCCUCCGCUCCUUAACCUAGUUUUCCUGAAGACUUCUACGCUGCCGCUAGUUGAACAGCCAGUUUGCAUUGUACCCAGCUUGUCAUUGCUCCGGAGCUCAUAACUGGUGCUCACUUAAAAUGGAGAUGAUCGUCUUGGCAUUGCUUUUGGCUGCUCUGCUGGGAGCUAUAUUUCUCUAUCCAAGAUCUGCAAGAAAAGGUAAAAUAGAAGGAAAUCUUCAGACUAUUGCUAAGGAGAUGUUUAGAACUUAUAGCAAGGAGGAAGUUUCUUUUCAUAAUAAGAGGGAUGACUGUUGGAUUAUUAUCAAAGACAAGGUAUAUAAUGUAACUACAUAUGUGGAAGAGCAUCCAGGUGGGGAUGCCAUACUGAAUCAUGCUGGAGGCGAUUCGACGGAGGGAUUCUUUGGGCCGCAACAUGCAACUCGGGUUUUUGACAUGGUCGAUGAAUUCUAUAUUGGGGAUUUGCAGCUUUGAGUUGAGCCCCCCUCCAAGAGGACCGGCUGGUCCAUCUGGGCUGGAGCUGAACCCAGCCAGUCCCGCAUGAGCCCCACAUCUCUCCCCUCUCCUUUCUACUCUCUCAAAAAGGAAGCCGCCCAUAAGUACUCGUAGUCUUCUCUGUAAUGGAUCUUGCAGAAGGCAGUUCCAUGUAUUUGGGAUCAAAAAGUGGAUGUGAUCUCCUGCCGGAUUCUACUCCCCGAUUGCUGAUACUAUUUUUUAAGAUUUUGAGAUGAGCAUGUUAUUUUCCUCAGAUAUGUACAGUUAUUGGUCCUAUUCAUAUUAUGAAAUCUUUUAUUU